AGCUGGAGUCCUAUCAUAUAUCACAGAUUCACACGGACUGCUUGGUCUGUUUGGGUCCCAAAAAAUCAAAAUGUUUUCAGUUAUUUCSKSGCUUUAUCGACACAAAAACCCGUAAUUGUGUUAUUAAGUCAUUGUCCUUUGACUCUGGAGGAUUUUUCUUUUUUUAGAGAUUCAACAAAUUCUGCGGCGAGAAAGUCUUGAAAUAUUAUGGAACAUAUAUACAAAGAGCCCGAAUAUUGAAUGCGCAAAGGAAUGCCUARGGAUCACAUGAAUGGACCAAUAAAAAUAAGCCACAACCAAGGAAAUAUUGCAAAAACUAAGAAYUCAAAGUCUAAAAAUGGGACUCUAAACGGCAAGGAUARRUCUACUAGGAAUAAGUUUCAGUCGUACGACGAUGAUGAAUUAGAUUUGRCGCCGUAUGUCGUUAGAAAAGAUAGACUAAUCCAAGAACUAGAGACAAGUCUAGCUGAAAUGGAUGGCCARCUGGAGAGCGCUUCAAAACUUGAAGAACAGAAAACAGCAGCYGAGGACCAGAGGACACGCCUUCUGAAGGAGAUCGAGACUGCAGUGUCUGACAUUCAAGGGCAUGUACUAAAUGCACGGGAAAUGGAGAUCGAAAAGAAGGCAAUUGAAAAUGAGUGUAAUAGUUUGAAAGAACAAGUGAAACAUUUGCRAACUCUUUUGGACGAUAAGAAGACACCACUACAUGACGGCAAACAAUGGAAUUACGUUGACUUGUCGCAGACCGAGGACGCAAUGCGCGUGAGCCUCACUCAUGCUAACUCCAGAAACCAAGCACUGGAAAAGGAAAUUAAGAAACUCCGACUCGCAAACGAGCGAUUACACCUGAAGGAGAAAUCAAACAAACGUCCAGGUGAUUUUGAACAACUCCAGAGGGACUAUUUAGACCUGCAAAAGCUUCUUCAAGUAGCUGAGAAUUCCGAGGACAACAUAGCACACGAACUUGCAACGUGCCAUCAGACGAUGGCACAAAUGAAAGACGAUUAUGAAGAACUCGAGAAGGUGAAGAGGAUUAUAGAGGAAGAAAGAGACGGACUCGUUCUGAGGAAAGCUGAAAUGGAAAUGGAGCUAAAGAAGCUUGAAGCUCUGGAGAACGAAAGGGAUUCCCUUGCACUUGAAAAAACUGAACUGGAGAGAGAGAUAACGCUCUUAAGAGAAGACAAGCAAAACUGUAACGUCAUCGACAAGGAUUCAUCAAGUCGUUUGCAAAAGGAGAAGGAAGCACUGCAAAGAAAGCUCGAWAAUUACGAAGAACAAUGCGAGAAACUUGAGCAAGAGAACGCAUCUUACAAACAACACGUUGAACAAUUGCAGAAUGAACUCAAAACUUUACGAGWAGAAACUACUAAGACACAAACUAAUAAAACUGAUGAUUCAAACCCUGGAAAUCAGCCAUUAAAAGCAGCGAUAGUAAAACUCAACAAAGAAAAUUCAGAAUUGSAGGUUGGUCUUGAAAAAGCUGAAAAGGARAUUGAAGARUUGAAGAGUCGACUUUCCAAAGAACAAGUAGACAGUGGCAAAGAAGAUAAAAGUCAACAACUAAGGCCUGCAUUUGAAAAGCUAAAUAAGGAGAACUCUGAACUACAGAUAAAACUGGAGAAAACCGAGAAGGAGCUCAGUGCCAUUAAGAUUUGCCUUGAAGAAGAACGCGAAGGUAAAAAGGUUGAAGAAGCUUCGGGUAAAAAGACUGAAAAGACGAAGAAAAAAGUUCUGAAGUUAAAGGACAGCAAGAAGAGCAAGAAAGACAAAAAAGAAACUGAUGAUUCUGACGGUGUUAAGGACGAGCUGGAGUUGUUGAAGAAGGAAAAGUUUGACUUGACCAGCGAGUGCCAAGCUCUUUCAGAAACUGUCACUAAAAUUGCAGGCGAGAAGCGAAACAUGGAUAAGGAAAUUCAGGAACUUAACAACGAGAAAACAAAACUACAAGCAAAGAUAGCCGAGCUUGAAGCAAGCAUUAAAGARUUGGAGGUAAUCAAAGAAAAGAAGGAAGAACUAGAGAAAAAAAAUCAAGAAAUUCAACUCUAUUUGACACAGGUCAGCGCAGAAUUGGAAAAGACCGUUGAAAGCAAAACUCUUUUAAACGAGAAAUUUGUAAAGGUGACUGGUGAGAAAGAGGCACUUGUAUCAGAGCAGAAAGAAUUCCAGGAAUCUCUAGAAGCCAUCAAACAAGAAAUGGAAAAUGUCCGUAAAGAUGUCUCAAACAAAAGCACUGAGAUUAGAGUACUGAGGAAGAAACACGAGGAAGAAAAGCGACGACUGAUCGGCAUGAAAGAUGGUGGUGACAAAGAAAUAACCCGAAUAAAAACUGAGCUAAAAGAAAUAUCCGCAAAAGUUAUGAAAUCAGCCGAUGAAGACAGUGAACACGAUAGCAACGAUGUAAUUUCUACCGUUGAAAAAUUACAUCAAGACGUCGAGGAACUUAGCCAAAAGAAUUCUGAAUUGGAGCAGUCAAAGGAAGAACUUGAGUCGAAAUUGAAAGAAGUUAGUAAACAGGCGGAAGAGUUACAGAAAGAAAGUGCUAAAGCUAGUGAUAUGGCCAUGGAAAAAGCAGUAGAAUUAUCGCGAACAAAGAGAUCCCUUGAAAGAAAAAUAGAAAAGCUAAGUAAAGAAAAUGCAGAAUAUAGGGGUAAACUGGGUGUGGCUACCCCCGCCAUGUCUAUUACCCCUCGCAUUUCUCCUGAAACGGUGCAAGUGAAAAAUGUAGAAGUGGUGGAAUCCCMACCGACCCAACAAYCUCUACUCGCCCCUCAAGCACCUCCUAGACAACGACCUCCUUCUCAAAACUCAAGAAUUGCCGAGGCACGUUAUGAGGGAUCUAGUAAGCCUGGUCCAUCGGGCAUCAGGAUCGGGCCCCAGGACUAUCCAAAUAGAGGGCCACAGGAACAUUAUCGUGAAGGUCCUCGACCUGGACCUCCAGGGACACGAAAUGAAGGGUCUGAUUCAAGACAUCCAGAACGUUCMCCWCCACCUUACCCUCUAGCGAAACGCUCGUCGCUGGAUAAUGGCUUAAUACCAGAAAAAGACCGGGGAAGCAGAAGAGAUUUACCAUCCUACCCCCCACGGGAACGMAGAGUCUCUGAAACAAGAARUCGACCUCCGAGUGCGUCUGUUACUUCAGGCGGUCACGAAGGSGAGGCUAGGGGUGGAAAUUCUUUAGUGAAAGGCGAGAGAAGACGAAGUGAUGGCGGCUACACGUAUCAUAAAAGAAACGAAGUAGAUAGGUAUCGUCAUGAUAACCGGMCAACAGACCAAAAGUCCGCUUUCCGCGCAGUUGGCCAUAGRAAGAGGGUUGUACACGAGGACUAUGUCUGAGGKUGUCCGGUUUUCGAGGUUYUAAAACUCUAAAUGAAACACCUUAGUGCACUAAUGCACAAACUCCACGAAAAUGACCACCGUAUUGACACCCUUCAACCUAUGACAUGUAAUCAAAGUUGUGUACCAUAACUGGGCCAUCCAGGUACUGAUUGAAGACCCUUGGACCAUUUGAAAGCCUGUACUAUUAAGAAGACAGCAUACUCCUACCCUGGAGCCUCRGGGUACCGAGGAAGGCACCAAUCGAUAAAUCUCCUUCUUGAAAAGACACUGUCAUGUAAUCAAACUUGUACCAUUGUACCUCCAGCUCCUACCUAAAAGAGGACUUUGGAUCACGCGUAACGUGUGCACUACUUAUAUUAAAGACAUCAAUUCUUGAGCUCGACAGCCUCAGGGCACCGGUUAAAGGGCUUGAAUAAUGCGAAAACUACACCCGCGCACAUCAUCUUCGACCAUAYCUACGGAAUUCACUAGUAAAAUACACAUUGUGAACAUAUUAACUACGUAAAGCAACGUUCUCACUCUCCCUAAAAACAGAAAUUCAUCUCGAUAUAAUCGUACCUUAAGUCAAAAUUGGAUUAUACACCUAAUUUAUAAGACGUUGUCGGGUCCUUAAAGGUGGCAUCACUGAAGCUAGGGAAGGAAGGAAAAGAAAGGAGUCAUUGGAAAGCUGGUGAUUAUUACAAUCUCAAUGUAUGAUAGUGUACACGUUUCCGUUUCACAGCACUGUCUCACUGAACAUUCAAUGCUUCCACAAUGGGUCAAAAUUGUACACAUGAUUCAAAAAGGGGAUUAAAUCCCCUCUGGCCUUAGCUUCAAUGACGUCACCAUUCUGAAUCGAUAACGUUCAAUUAUAAGAGUUCUUAUGAUUAUUUCAAAGUCGUAAUUUCUAUCUUGGCACAAGCUCUAAAACAGACGGCCGGGAUAAAUAGAAUGUAAUUUGCUUAGUACUUUGGAAAAAUGUCAGUUUAGCUUGGUCACUCUAGAAUACCACAACCAUUUUUUAUAUUCCAAGUUUUUCUAACKCGGUUUUCCAGAUAUUUUACAUUCAAGCCUAUAUAUUUUUAUAAUCGUAUUCUAGCAGUUUUGUUCUUUCGACAUUUUUUACUUGCUUUAAGUUUAGAUAUUGGAUUCAUAAAGUAUUMUUAAAGAUAUUUAAAAAUAUAACGCUUUCACGCAUUGGCUAGAUAUCUGUGAUAUAUCGCACGCACUGAUUGGCUGGAGUGAUAGAAUAAUCGUGAUACAACGCAUGRACUGAUUGGCUAAGCAGAAUUUAAAAUAAAUUGAGAUAUAACACG